AUGGCAGCAAUGAAGCAGACUAGCUCAGGGUCGCUGUUGACCGGCGACCAGUUGGCACAAGUUAUCGUUCCUUUGGGCAAGGUGAUUUGUACGUUGGGUUACAAGUUGAGCUGGACUUCCCAGGUGUGUGAACUGAUUGGUCCGGAUGGUUCAACCCUUCCCCUCACGCUCAACAACGGCUGCCCGGAGGCGUGUAUGGCUCUGGACCGCGCCCCCUUCUUCGACUUCAAAGAGAUGCUGAAAGAGCGAUUGGUUACACGGCCCCCAAAGGAAGGAAUUUGGGAGUGGGAUCCUCCAGCAGUGGAGCGGCCGUAUGAAGCUGCCAAGCACCUGGCCUUUGUUGGCGACAUGGUGUAUGUGAAUGUGAACCGGUUGUUGUUCGAGAAUGAGUUCCCGGAGGUUUGGAGAGUUCUUCAAUGGGCCGCACUCCAAGGGAGACUGGGAACAAUCGUGUCCCGGGAUGCUCCCGCGAAGCCUCUGGAGCAGGUUGCCGCUGGACCUCACAGAUGCAUGGUCCACUUCGUGCACGCUUUGUCGUCGGCUGCGAGGGAGCUACAGGGAGGAGGUGUUACGCAUCUCUAUGUGGAGGACCUCGCGGGGAACUACGACAUGAACCACUACCAGACCAAGUAUGGUGAUAAUCUGUGGCCACCGUGGACGUUGUGCAAGGACUCUAUAGCCUACUAUGAAGAGAUGGGACUGUCUGAGGUUUCCAUUGAAAGGUUUGCUGGAGAUUGUGUGUUGCGAGUGGCUAAGCUGAGCAGCGAUGCAGCCUGGAGAUUGCAUGUCGCCAGGAACCACCAGCCCUUCAGGAGAGACUGUUCUGUUUGUGUGAGGAACAGUGCAGCGGGGCACCAGCAUCGGACUACGAUGCACCCGAUGGCGUACAGUCUGAGUGUGGAUGUGGUUGGUCCGCUAAAGGGCUUUGGGAAGUCGCCAGACGGGAAGUUCUUCAAGUACUUCGUGAUCGGGGCCAUGAGGGUUCCACGAAUUGAAGGUGCAGGAGGACAUGGUGAAGUUCGAGGAUGUGGUGGGGCGCUGGAAACCACACCAGUGCUAAAGGCAGUACCCUUCCCGUCUGGGACACCAUUGAGCGGAGCUCAUGGUGAGGAUGAUGAAGUGGGUGUUGCCACUACCCAUGAUUGCGAGACUACGUUGUGGGAGUGGGCAAUUUAUGCUGAGACACCCCCUCCAGACGAACAAGAUGGUGUAUGGCCGUGUCGAUCGGUGUGCUUGAAGAAGCUGUGUUCGUCUGAUGAUCCCGGUCCCGAGCUCGAGGUCUUGACUAAAGUGCCGGCUAUCUUGGCUGAGGAGGAGUGUGAUCCUCUACUUCAGCGAGACAUGGAGAUGAAUGUGGAGCACUGGACUUCAAUGGGAUUGUAUGAUUUCCCCAAGGUUGCCAAGUUGGAGCCGGAGUAUGUGGAGGGAAUUGCCAAGGCGGUGAUUGAGAAAUGGCGUCCAGCUAUCACAAAGGAGCUUGGGGUGGUGGAGCGAGGCUUCAAGAAGGUUACCACGGCGGAGGUGAUGGCCCUGAAGGAGAAGUUCACUGUCCAGGCCAGCAAGGAGAAGCUGCUUUCUGUCGUCGGAAGGCGUAUCGUGUGCUGUGGAAACUACGCUGCAGAAGACCAAAGCCCUGGUCAGAUCGUCUACAUCAUUCGGCCCCCUGCUGCAUUGGUGCAGCUGGGACUUGCACACCCUGGCGAGCGAUGGAAGAUGAGGGUGCCCUACCAAGACAAGUUCUGGGUUCUACGACAAGGAACAGCUGAGCCAAACAUGUGGUUGAUUUAUGAGGUGUUGGAUGUGGACCACGAGAUACGAUUCCUUGGUUGCGAAAUUGCAGUGACGGAAGACUAUGAUGCGGUCUUCAUCCACCAGAGACCGUACAUCGACGAGAUUCUCCGCCACCACGCUACACCGGCGACGGACUUAUCACCUAUUCAGUCCCCGAAGGAGCUCGUGACCUUCGAGGCCAAAGAAGGUGAGGAUCCAGGCAGCGAGGAGGAGGUGAGACAGGCCCAGCGGGCCUGUGGAGAACUACUUUGGGUCGCGCAACGAAGCCGACCAGACAUCUCAUUCGUUGUCUGUGCUAUGGGUUCACUACUUACAAGGGCAGCUCCCCGAUGUCUGACGAUCGCAACCAAACUGCGUUCCUACUUGCAGAGGACGAAGAACCUCGCGUUGGCCCUGAAGCCUACGAACGACGAGUUCACCAUCUACACAGACAGCUCGUUUGCACCGGAGGGCUCGAAGAGCCACUCUGGCAUGGUCGCGGUGUGGCUGGGUGCUCCGGUGUGCUGGCGGUCUUCAAAGCAACCUUUUAUUUGCCUGUCGACGGCAGAGUGUGAGUUGCUGGCAGCUACUACAGAAGGGCUGGUGAUGGGCAAAAGUAUCGAAUCGGUCUUGAACCAGAUGAUGAAGGACGUCGGGAAGAUCUACUUGAAGGUCGAUAAUCAAGCGGCUAUAAGUUUUACACGACCGUCAUCCUCGGUGUCGUGGCGUACACGCCACCUACGUGUGCGAGCUUCCUACAUUGUGGAACAGGUGGACAAAGAUCAGGUGGAGGUGGUGUUUGUGGCUGGAAAAAGUCAAUGGGCAGACUUAUUGACGAAGUCCUUUCCCCGACAGCGACUUGAAGAGCUGGUUGGACUUUGGGGCUUUGUGGAUGUGGUUGCAGAGGUUUCAAAGGUGACUAUGGCACGGAUGCUGGUUGCCUGUAUGAUGGUCCAGACAGCGCGGGCCCAAGAAGACGAUCCUUUGUCACUGACUACAUCCUUUGACCUCUAUAUCAUGGUGGUUUUGCUUGGGAUUGCUGUUGUGGUCAGCCCGGAGAUUGAAGAGUCUUCGGGAAACGAUUCAAAGGGAGAUCGAGCUGCAGAUGGCAGAAAGAAGCACGGAAGCACCGGCAUCAUCACCUACGGCGAGGACACCCGUGGACGCCUCGACUACAGCAAGAACACCGUUGGCAUCCUCACCUACUACAAGGACACCAAGGCCGACGACACCUACCACGAGGACGCCGAGGCCUGCGACACCUACUUCGAGGAGACCUACACCCUCGACAAGGACCUCUUUGAUUCAGGCGUCUACUACAGUGACCGGACCAGAUCCUUCGUCCACCUCAACGGCGUUCUCAUCAUCUACGACUGCGCUUGGACAGUCGGCUACGAGUUCCCGAUCUACUACAAGAGAGGCAGGGGUCCAGAUUGA